AUGUCCCGGGAUGAGUCGAGAAAUAAUGCGAUGUUACACGCUAAGGCGUCGGGAAUUGUGAGAGAUAAUGUCUCAGGCUCUGCUUUUAUUCCUGCUACACAGAGACCCGAUGGGUCCUGGCGCCCAGCGAAAAAAGUAAAAGAGGGUUAUGUUCCGCCAGAAGAUAUUGGCAAGUUCGUCUGUAAAGCAGAGCGAGAAUAUAGACAAAGAACGCAAUAUGUUGUUGGCUCCUCUUCCUUGAGGCGGGAGCCCUCCAGAGGAGCAUCUGAGUCCAAUUUUUCCGCGUACGAUCCUAAGAAUGAUCCUAUGAAAGCGCCUGAGUUAUCAAAGUCUGCUAAGAAAAAUGCGAAACGGAAGGCAGCAAAAGCGAGAAAACAGAAUGAUAUAAACCCAGAAGAUGCUGUCAUUGAAGAUAUUUCGUCUGUUAUUGCUGGCCUCAAUGCGGCAAAAAUCAAGAGCGAGGACAGUGGUGACAGUAAAAAGACUGUCAACGCUUCUGCACCUGAUAGUUCUCUGGCCGAGCUGUCAGUCGAGGAGAAGCAAAAGCAGAUUAAAAAGAGGACUAAAGUGCUGCGGCAGAUUGAAGGUCUUGAAAAGCGCCGCGACGCGGGAGAAACAUUGGACCCAGACCAGAUCAACAAAAUAGCCCGAAAAGAGGCGAUUCUAGCCGAAUUGGCCGAAUUGGGCCACCACGAAGAAGCCUGA